AUGACCUCCAACUCUUCUUCAUAUUCUUAUAGUUCUAAACCAUAUUUUUCAGAGGAUGAUUCUGCUGAAUUUUCGCGAAAUAUUAUUAAUAAUAGCAAUACGAUUCAAAAUCCCUAUAGGACUUCUUUAUUUAUCGAAGAAUCCCCUGAUUCAAAUAGACGAACGAUAAAUGGUGCCCAAUUAAAUAUUGUAAAUCGCACAAGUACGCAUAGUUUUAUGGUCUUCAUUGAUGACUCUGUCUAUGGAAAUAUACCAUCUUCAUCAGCAUCAUUAUGGUCAGAGGUUAAUUCCAGUAGUAGCAAUGCCAAUAUAGCUAGCCAAAACAACAAAUCAGAUAAACCUUCCGAAAACAUCACUUUUAGGGUGACAAAUCCAACGAAUACGCAUGAUAACGUUUCCUUUGUUAACAGCAAUUCCUCAAACUCUGCAUCUCCUACUGUUAAUACGAAUUCAUCAUAUUCUUCAAAUAUUCAUGCAUCAAAUUUCAGUCAAAUACCUACUAUUAAUAAAGAGUUGCCAGUUAUACCGAGACAAAAGAAAGAUGGUCUUUUAUUACGACGAAAAGUCACACCAGAAUCAAUGAAUACAGGAGAUACAGAAUAUUUCGAAACAAAUGAGUUCAUAACAUCUACUAAUAAUAUUAAUGAAGAUGAUGUUCAAUUAUUUUCAACAAGUACAAAAAAUGUAGCUUUUAAUGUCACAAAUGAUAGAAAUAAUACUUAUAGCAUAAAUGAAAAUUCAACCGAUUCAAUUGAUACUCAAAAUACAGAAAUUUUAGAUACCCGUAUAAGAAACUCUCAUUCACUUCUUCCAACUAUUCGUGAUAGUGUAAGAACUUUGUCUACUAUUGUGCUCACUCAAAAUCGUGAUUCAUCAAUAACUACUAAAGGAAAUAAAAAAAUAUUAAACCCAAUUAAUCAAAAUGAUGAAGUAAAUGGUAUCUCAAUGCAAGAGGAAACAUCAUUAAAAGGACAAACUUCAACUCAAAAUAGAACCCCUCCAUUCAUCACCAAGACCUCUUCAAACCUCUCAAAUUAUAUUUCUUCAAGGAAUAAUCCUCAAAUAAAUAUUUCAUCUACAGAAGUCAAUCAAAUAAGUAGUAUGGAACCCUCAUAUUCUUCUAUAUUCCAGUAUGAUGAUUAUAAUGAUACUAUUGAACCCGAUGUUGAGCAAGCAGUUAAACUUUUGAAAAAAAGAAGUUAA